GAAUGCAGUUCCAGUCGGUGCCCCUCAAAUCUGUCACCAUCGGACCGCAGUCUUGGCGCGAUGGGACGGUCCGCUCCAUCCGGCGGGCGGAGCGCCUGGUUCAGCAGACUCGAGCCGGGCGCUCCGGGACCUGCAGCCGGCCCCGGAGCAGCAGCGCCGCCGCCGGUCUCAUCCCACAGCGAUCAGACGGCACAGCGGAAACAAACGAAGAUAAGACUGCUGAGGAGAAAUGCGGAGAGAGUCGUGACUCCAUCUACGAAAAUAAACUGUCGAUGCCCCAAACGACAGGAACGAUGCUGAGAGCAAAAUUCCCCAGUGCCUCUCAGAGGACGUCUGUGGCCCCGUUCCCGCCUACCAGCUUGCGUGAGCAGUGCGCUAGGGCCAGCGUUGCUGUGGCCUAUGAGUACAUGCGGAUGGUGCGGGAGGUGGAGGGCCAGCUGCGCAGGCAGGCCGGCAUGGUGACCCAGGAGGGCACCAAGCUGGAGAAGGAGAGGGGUCACCUGGAGAGGAUGCUGCGCAGCCUCAAGGAUGGUCUGACUGUCAACAGGAGGAGCUCGGAGUGGAGGACCAGGAGGCCAGCCCUUGCUGAGACCGACAGAGAUGGUGCUGAUUACUUAUUGUUGUGUGAGAGGAGAGAGCUGGCCCAGUUGAAACAGGAUCUGGAGGGAGCCCUGAGAAACACACUGACCCAGCUACAGGCCCUGGGUCAGAGCAGCAAACGGCUGCUGGACUGUGCCAGUGAGAGGGCUCUGGUCCUGGAGCUGCUGCCUCACAGCGGCUCCGCUGGAGGACACCAAGGCGCUGCUCAGACCUUCACCAAAACAGACCCCAUCAGCCCCUUCACACCAGAAUGUAAACAGGCUUUAGAGUCGUCCACUCUGACAGUCAACCAGUCACAUCUACUGAGGGAAAACAUCAGAGAGAUGCUAACCAGUGCCAUCGCCAGGCAGAAAGCUGCUCACUGCACCGUCAAUGAUGGCCUGGUGAAGAAAGUGGCAGAGACAAUCAGUCUGCAGCAAAACCUGACUGUGGCGUCUGCAGCCACCAGGCAGGCCGUGUUUCGCAAGCAGCGGGAAAUUAACUGUAUUCGUCACAGCCACAACAGAGCGCAGGGUCCAGAGUACAGCGGUGACAUCCUGUCCAGAGAGAAACUCAACAAGCCUCUGGUGCAGGUUUAUCAGAGACACCCAGGGACACAGUUACCUGAGGGUGCUCAUCUCAUACAGGGCAGUGCAGUGCUGAGGCGAUGUCUAAUGUCCGCUGAAGGUGAGCUGGCGAGGCUGCAGCGCGCCCGCCUGCAGCUGCUGGAUGACCAGCGCGGCAAGAGUGCAGCAGCUCAGGUGGACGCAGACGUGAUCCGCAUGAGGCGCCAGCAGGUCGACAGGCGAGCCAUGCCCGCUUUCCUCCAGCAGGGGGCGUGCAGAAGCCAACUUGCAUAGUGCAGCGAGCUUGCGAGCGGCGAGAGAUGCUAGUGUUAUGUGUGUUGUGAGAAAACGGGAGCAGCCAUGUGUGAA